AUGAAAACCGAAGGAUUAUGCUUUCUGCUGGUAUGUUCCGCUUUGGCACUGGGGGACAUCUGCAAACCUGUGGAUCGUCUUCAAGCCGUGAGCCAGUCGUACAAGAUCCGUGAGGGCCAUGCUAUGUUCGGUCUGCUUGGUGCCUGUCCUCCCAUGGGAGAAGAACUGGAUCAACCGCUGCAGUACCACAUCACAGAUGACAGUGACGCGCCGGGCGUUAGCUUGCUAGACUCCAGAACGGGGGAGUUUAGUUUUGAGCCUGUCCCUCACUUUGUGGGUGUUGUCAGCUUCACCUAUACUGUCGCAGACAGUCGGGGGAGGACCAGCUCUCCAGCCAAAGUGACCAUACAAAUCCGAGGUGACCCCGCUGAACCGCUGUUGGAGCUGCACAACAUCAACGCCGAGGCUGGAACCUACGCACCCAUGGGGAUGGGCGUGUCUGUAGAAGAGGGGCAGGAUGGGGAGGGACUGACGGUGACGUUGUGUAACUGCGAUGAGGAGUUCGAGUGCAGCAGGGAUACAGCUCGUUGUUAUUGUGUCCUUACUCUACCUCAUGGCUGGGAGCUGGCUGAUGGGUUGAGGAGACGCCUGCCCAACGAGGAGUUGAAAAAUCUACCAGGCAGUCAGCUACAGAACCUGACACUCAAGACUCAAGUGAAUUCAGCAGGCCAGCAUUGCAUCGACGUGCAUGCCAUCAACUGGAAUGUAGCUACUGAAGAACCUCUCCGCGUCAAACGCAAACUCCUCAUCAACAUCACCCCAACCUCUGCCAUGCCCAACGUCGGCCACAGUGAGGAGAUAUCCAACACUGGUUCCCUGCAGCUAGAGACCAGUGAGGGUCAGGUGAUCCAGUUCAAGGGCCUGCAUGUUGGGGACAGCGAUAACGUGCAGGGGACGUAUCGGGUUCGAAUCUCGUUAGAUCAAGGAGGCACGCUGUGGGUCAAACAAGAUGACAGAUCAGAUGUCAUCUUCUUUCCAAAGGAAACUGACAGUCCACAGUGGGUGCCACCCAACGGCCACAAGGAAUAUCACAAGUUGGACCGUUCUGACAACUUCUAUGAUAUGUAUGAGCCAUACGACACGCAAGCAACAAACAACGGGAAGAAACAACUGUCAUUUGUUGGCUCCUUAGAAGGCAUUAACCACGUCCUGACCAGCAUGGUGUACGUCCCCUGGUGCCCCCACUGGCCAACUCCGCCCAACUGGAAUCUCCCAGAAUCCUCCUGGAUGGAUCCGUCCAAUCACGAUCAACUGAUGAGUGAUGAUCCUCUCAAGCCUGCCAUCUGGCCGCAGUGGUAUCCACGUUUCUGGUACCCCUUCCCACGCAAGAGUUGGACCUGGUGGCCCCGCGUGCUACCCCCCUGGUGGCUCAAUCAGACCUGCUCAGACUGGACCAGCCACGUCCAUUUAGAAAUGCACGAAAUCACGCCAGAAACCUGCGACGCAGAGAAAGACGAUGUGGUGCAGUGGGAUGCUGAUAUCCACGUGAAAGCGCGGGGAUCUCAACCUAAAAGUCUCAUCACAGACAACCUGUUCACCUAUUUCUCGCCGGAUGACAAUUCUUUCUUGUUGAAAAAUCUGUACAUUCGCUCCAAGGAGGAGACGUUCCAACUGAAGUUCACUCUGGAAGUGGUAGAAAAGCAGCUUGGAACCAUUGAAAACACGGAUACCAACAAGCCUUCGUUUACUUGCACCAGCGUGCCUGACUGCAAUGACAAACUCCAGAAAAUCCAGGUCAAUCUUUUUGAAGGCACCGAGAUGGCAUGUAAUGUCACCAUAGAGAUACGUAUGUAUCAAGAAGACUCUGACAGGCUAUCUGACUACAUGAUGCUAUGGGCUUACAAGACGCUGCCAGAAUGUAUCAACUACCUGUACAAUGAUCCCGACACUACCAUUGAGCCAUCAGGGGACCGCAUCACCAUGUGGCAGGGGGAGACGGUGCCACUAGACCUCCGCUACUCCACCUCUGCAGUACCCGAGAGAACUGGAAUCCUUCACACUGUCAUCUACGCCGAUCAUGGUCUGGUCACAGUCUCCGCGCCCGAUGGACUGCGUGUCUACAUGGACCACAUGGGCCAACAUGACCGUAUACCGACCUAUCUCUGCAUCUCCGGCCCGACAGAUAUGGUACUAGAAGCGCUUCUGAGUGCCAAAUUCACGCCCUUCAAAAACUUCCGGGGGGAGGCGACAGUGAAAGUCGACUAUACUGUGCCGUUUACUGCGCUCUUGAAAACCUACGGAGUAGUUAUAAGGCCCCCUAUGAGAAGGGCACUGGUGACCUUCGAGGUGGUCAACGGUGACCGGCCCUACUUCCCUCUGCUGGAGAUGCCAUCCAAGGUCUGUAUGUCAGAGAGUGACCUACAGCCACUGGACAUGAUGAGGAUCGAGGGACGUUACAAGGAGGAUGAGGCGGUCACUCUGUCCAUGGUGGCCCUCAAGGGAAGCCUCAUCAUGGAAAAGUCCAGGAUAGCUGAGCUUUAUGAUUGUCCUAAGCAGACUGACGUGGGUUCAGGGGCAUGCAUAGAGGAGUGCAGCUUCCACACUGCCUGCCCAGGUAGCCAGAUGUGCUGCUAUCAAGGCUGUGCUAGAGUCUGCACUGAACCACAGAAGGUUGCUACGAUUGAAUCUCACACCCCACGAAACGUCAACAUCCACGGCAACAUUAGCACCAUCAACCGCGUGCUGGAAGCAGAAAACGUAUGGUACCUAGCCAAACCCUGCCAGACAGAUGACGCAGGGGAGAUAGUGACAGACAGGGUGAUAGAGACCCAGGAAGAUGUCAUCAGGAUUGAGAUCAUUCCGGCUCGUAAUCCUGAGGGAGAUUCUGUCUUUGGUAGUCUGUUUGUCCAUAUUAGCUGCACACCACCGGUGGAAAAACCAUCAGCUCCUGCUGAGGAAGCAGAGUCAUCAGAAUGUCGUGAGGAGUGGGGGGCGUGGCUUGACUGCCAGUUGACGGAGGGGAUGAUAUGUGGACGAGGGUCACAGGUCCAACAGGGACGGUGUGGGGUGGAGGAGCUGAGGCAGGAAAGGCCAUGCAUGAUCUGUGGAUGCGCACCUGUGGAGGGGAUCCUGGCUGAUCUAAGCGGUCACAUGCAAGGCUGUACCUCAGAUCUUCCCAUCAAGAGAUGCCCUACAGGCUGCGAUGUCGACAUCCACCAUUCUGAGAUUCAGUCCUUCCAUUGCACUGGCUCCUCAACCAGUGAGGAUUCCGAUGUGACUCCGCAAGACCGCAACGUCCAGAAAACCAAGAGGAUUGAGGUCCAUGAUAGCUGCGUCUGCAGUGCCUGCCUGACUUAUGAAUAAGAAGAGAAUAUUAACAUGAUUGCUCAACGCAUCAACAUUUGCAUGACCAUAAUUGUAUUCAUUUAAUGAAAACUUUGUGACCAAAUCUUACAAAACAAUCUUUGUAACAUCAGUUUUUCAUGAUCAUACUUCUGAAAUUGAUAAUUGAAUCAAUCUUUGAAGGAAUUGUCAAAGGUGAUCAUAAUUCAGAGGAAAAAAUUAAAUUAAACCAAAACUUUAUAUUUUUUUGUAAUUAUGAAUGUUGUUACUUCAUUCAUUGAACUAUAUUUGCAUGUUAUUCAUAAACACUGAACAUCAAUAAGACGCUAGUAAAUAUAUUAUGCACAUAUUUCCAUUGUAAGCUGUUCAUCUAAAUUAAGCCAUCUGAGUUGUCUGUAGCCUUUGGAAAUUCAUCUUUGGAAAAUAAAACUAAUUGGAAAUUCAAGUUCGAAGAAUGAACAACGGGAUAUUUCAUGGUCAAGUUUUGGGGAAAAUCCAGCCAUUUUGGUACCAACUGGUACCUACACUUCAUUAAAAAACGUAUGAGAAUAAUUAAAUACAAGAAGCUAUAUCUUACCACAAAGAUUUUCACCAUGUCUUCAGCGAUAAUAUUUGGAGGAAUAAUUGAGGUUGAAUGAGGUUGAUUUAGGGGGUUUUGUGAAAUUUGGCUGUUAAAUGUUAUUACUUAGCAGCACCAUGGCAUGUAUCUUUAGGUGAAUUUGUGUGUGCUAUAAAAAAUGAAACACGAAGUAACAAGCGCAAUUUGUGUGACAUUAUGAUACUUCAGUUGAUUGUAUUAAUGUGAAAUUAUUCUAGAUUGACGAAAUUACAGCAUUUGAGGCACCAUGUAACAAACUAUGCUUUAACUUAUGAGUUAUUGAGAGUAAUAAUAAUACACUAUUGAAUUUGAAACCUCUUAAAAUCCAAGAGUUUGUAUUGAUAAAUGAUACCAUAAGCUUAUAGAACUAUCACAAAUAAACAGCAUUUAGAAUUUUGUUUACAUUAACUCUAUACCAGACUAGAUGGCAAUUGUGACAUUUAAUAUGUAAUUCAUUUUUACUCCUAAGUUUGAAUUUUUUUACAUUUUGCUUUGCUUUCUGAAAUGUUGAUAUUGUAAGUUUUUUUUAAGCAAUCUAAACUUUUUGUUGUCCGACACUUUGAUUAAUUGUUAUCUAAAUUAUUUGACAAUUUUUUUGUUAUACAUCUAAUCACAGCUUUUGUGUGCCAGCAAUAAAAAUGAACCAACACUUAUAUCCCUUAAAUAUGUCAUGCA